UAGAUUUUAGGGCUCUUAGAUUAGGGUUCUUGGGCAAUGGCAGCGCUGGUGAGGCGCGGCAACACGCGGCUUCCGCCGGAGGUGAAUCGGGUCUUGUACGUGCGCAAUCUGCCCUUCAACAUCUCGUCCGAGGAGAUGUAUGACAUCUUCGGCAAGUAUGGCGCGAUCCGGCAAAUUAGGGUGGGGAACAACAAGGACACGCGCGGCACCGCCUUCGUCGUCUACGAGGACAUCUAUGACGCCAAGAACGCCGUGGAUCAUCUCUCGGGAUUCAAUGUCGCCAACAGGUACCUCAUCGUUCUCUACUACCAGCAGGCCAAGAUGUCCAAGAAGAACGACCAGCGCAAGAAGGAGGAGGAGCUCUCCCGGAUGCAAGAGAAGUAUGGCCUCAACAAAUAGCAGCAGUGGUCGUUCCUUCUCCUGGGCUCUCGUGAUUUCUUUCGAUUUCCUUCCAGCGAGAGAGGAUAUAGAUGAAUACUUACUGUAUGAUCGAAUUCUUAACGUAAAGAUCUUCCAAGUUUUUAGAAGAUCAUCUAGAGUGGUGCACAGGAACUUUCAGGCUCGAGAUCGAUCGCGAGCCUCGCUGCUCGUGAUCCUCGCUCGAUGUCA